AUGGUCGAUCACCUGGCGAACACAGAGAUCAACAGCCAACGUAUUGCCGCGGUAGAGCACUGCUUUGGGGCGUCGGGUCAGCCGCUGGCCGUGCCAGGAAGGGUCCUCUUGGGCGAAGGCAUUUUGACCAAAGAAUGCCGCAAAAAGGCCAAGCCACGGAUCUUCUUCCUUUUCAACGACCUUCUUGUGUAUGGCACCAUCGUGAUCAACAAGAGGAAGUACAGCUCCCAGCACAUCAUACCCCUGGACGAAGUCACCUUGGAAACCUUGCCAGAUACUUUGCAAAUGAAGAACCGGUGGAUGAUUAAAACCUCCAAGAAGUCCUUUGUUGUCUCCGCCGCCUCCCUCACCGAGAGGAAAGAGUGGAUCAACCAUCUGGAAGAAUGCAUCCGGCACCUGCUGUCCAAAACGGGCCAGCGGCCCCCCACGGAACACGCCGCCCCUUGGAUCCCCGAUAAGGCCACCGAUAUCUGCAUGCGCUGCACCCACACCAAGUUCUCCACACUCACGCGCAGGCACCACUGUCGCAAAUGCGGCUUCGUAGUAUGCGGGGAGUGCUCCCGGCAGAGGUUCCUCAUGCCCCGGCUUUCUCCCAAGCCUUUGAGGGUUUGUAACCUUUGCCAUAAACAGCUGGUGGCCGAGAAAAAGAAAACCGAAGAGCACCACACCCAGGCAAGCCCAGCUGAGUCACCUCUAGUAGGCUAUGACCCUUCAAGCGGGGACGACAGUGAUAGAUCUGACGAGGAUAAAGUGGAACAGUGGCCGGCUGAUACUGAGUUUUACACAUCGGGGGUGGCGUGGUCAUCUUUCCAUAGGUGA